AUGGAUAAGAGUAUUUGUGAAAGUGUGGCUUCGUCCAGUGACUUCAUGAUAUAUAAUGUGUUGUCAGGAGGUAGAGAAAAAAGCAAGCAGACUUUAAAUGAGAUAAAAAAAUUACAAGAACAAAAUGAGGAGGUUAUGAAAAAUGAAUUAAAAGAAUAUGACGUUGUUAAUAAAUUAAUAUAUGAACGUAUUGAUAGCCUUCCUAAUAUUAUGAGUGAAUAUGAUAACUCUAUUAAGGAUAUUAUAAAUAUGGAUAAUAUUUGUUUACCUAUAAAUAAUAUCAUGCCGAGGGAGGAAAUGGGUGUUAUGAAAUAUGACACAGAAGAAAAAACUGAAAAUAAAUAUCUAAAAAACAACCACAAUAAUGUGGAUAAUGUGGAUCAUAUGAAUAAUAUAGAUAAUAAUAUAUAUAAUGUGAAUAAUAUAUACAAUGUGAAUAAUAUAUACAAUGUUAAUAAUAUUAAUAAUGGCGAUAAUAAUAAUAAUAUAGAGAAUAAAAGCUAUGAAGAUAUUUUAACAUGUAAUAUAGAAAGAGAUUAUAUUGAUAAUAUGAAAGAAUCCCCAAUUAGUCAUAUGAAAGAUGAUCAGGUAAAAAAGAAUAAAAAUAAUCAUAUAAGAGACACAGAUAUGAAGAGAACACAAUCAUUUAAUUAUAAUAUAACAGAAGAAAACAAAAUAAAUAUGAAUGAAAAAAAUAAUUCUGCAGUAAAUAAUAUGGGAAUAACUAAAGAUGAUAAAUUAUAUAAUAAUGGGAAUUCCUUUCUCAUGAUAAAAAAAGAACAUUCCGAUAAUAUGUAUAAAAAAAGCAAUGCACCUAUUAAUAUAUCAUCAUUAAAGUGUAAAAUUGAAAAACAAAAAUUGGCUUUGUCAGACAUGAAUAAUUAUAUAACAGAAGAAUAUUUAAACAGCAGUAUACAUAAAAUAAAGAAGUUAUCAUGUAGUGAUGGUGCUAUAUUAAAUAAUAAACAUAAUAAUAAUUUAACAAACAUUAAUAUAAAUAAUCCAAAAGAAGAAGAUAUUUUUCUCAUGGAUGCUUCAGUUACAAAUGAAAAAGAUAUAUCUUUAAAAUGGAAUUACCUGAACAAUUCAGAUAAAAAUAUAGAUGAAAGUAAUAAUAAAAAUGAGAAAGGUCAUGAUAUGAAUAAAAUUAGUCAGAAUAAAGAAUAUAUAAAAAGUGUUAGUUUUUUUAUGAAGGAUACUAAGGAUGAUAAAAUGUCCCAUUCCUUAUAUACAUCAAAUGAGGAGACAACUAGUUUGAAUGAUUUAAAAAGGGUACAUACAUAUCCCUCUAAAAAUAAUUUAUUAAAGGAUAUGGUGUCAUCUAUCAAUUUUGUGAAGAAUGAUAAUAUCUCCUCUGUUAUUUGUGGAGAAAAUAUAAGUGAAUUCAAUAAGGGGACAUUUGGCAAAGCUGAUUUGAGUAGUAAGAUAAAUGAUAAUUACUUUAAGGAAGAUGAUAAUAAUAAAAAUGGAAACAAUGAUGAUGAUAAUAAUAAAAAUGGAAACAAUGAUGAUGAUAAUAAUAAAAAUGGUAACAAUGAUGAUGAUAAUAAUAAAAAUGGAAACAAUGAUGAUAAUAAUAAAAAUGGUAACAAUGAUGAUGAUAAUAAUAAAAAUGGUAACAAUGAUGAUAAUAAUAAAAAUGGUAACAAUGAUGAUAAUAAUAAAAAUGGUAACAAUGAUGAUGAUAAUAAUAAUAAUGAUCAGUAUCAUCAUUGUGGUGAUACCAUAAAGCAAAAAGAAACACCCUCUAUUGCUCAUAAAAUAAAACACGAAGCUAUAUCCGAAAACGGUAUGAACAGCGAAAAAAGUUACAGUAGUCAACUUCUUUAUGAAGAUAAAUUAUAUUAUAUGUUAAAUAAUAAUAGUCUAGAAAAUUUAAAUUAUACUGUUAUAGAAAAAUAUUCAAGUAAUGUCAAAAAUAUCAAAGAAGUGAGCGAUAUUUGUUUCAGAUUUUCCAGAUUAAUUAUUGGAAAAAAUUUUAUAAAAAAUUUAGAAAAAUACCAAAAAUUUUAUAUAAGUUAUUGUAUACCUAUAACAUAUGAAAUUUUGUCAUCCAAUAGUACAGACUGUAGUAAACAAAGAAGACAAACUAUGAAUGAGAAUUAUUUAAAUAAAAAAUACAGAAAAAAGAAUUCAUCAAUUAAUUUUUCUUUUAAAAAUGGAAAGAACAAGGGCAAAAAUGGAAAGAAAGGAGAACCUACAGAAAAGUGUAACAAUGGAAAGAAAGGAGAACCUACAGAAAAGUGUAAAAACGUUUUAGAAUUGGAGGAAGCAAAAUUUUGUGAAAAAAAUAAUAGUUCAGAACAUCAAAGUUAUGUGAAUAAUAUAAAUAGCAUGAAUAAUAUAUCUUAUGAUAAUUGUAAUAAUAAUAUAAAAAAUAGCAAAUUUCGAAACUAUACACAACUCAAUAAAAGAAAGAGUAAUAAUAUAAUUGAAAAAAGUGUCAUUAUAUAUGAUAGUCAUUAUAUUGAAGGCAAAUAUAUAAAUAAAAAUAAUGUCGAAUUUUUACAAGAUAUUUAUCAUAAAGUAGAUAAUAAUAUAUUUGAUAAAAUUGAAAAUGUUUCUUUUUUAUUAUGUGCUACAUUAAAUAAAAAAAAAAAUAAUCCACAAGGUUAUAAUUCAUCUAUACUGUUGCAACAAAAAAAUAAUAAUAUAUUGAAAUUAUUAAAUUAUCCAUUUGUCAUACCAAAUAAUUGUGAAAUUUUAGGAAUAGCCGAAAUUCCUUUUAUUCCUAUACCAAAUUUGGAAUUACCUAUAAAGGAGCUAGCUAUUCCAAAUAAUUGUUUUCAGAAUUUAAUAAAAGGUCCUUCUAUAUUAUUUUAUUUGUAUAUAGACAUAUUGGAGAAGUCCCUACCUGUUCAAAAUAAUAAAUAUGGGGAAGAUAAUAUGAAAAGUAUACAUAAUCUAAAGGAUGAAUUAAGUAGUACAGAAAAAGCAAGAAUUUCAAACAGUAUGGGGAAAAUUAUUGAGCAGGAUAAUGAUAUUUUUAAUAAAAAAGUAGAUGGAGAUAUGAAUGUGCUAAAUGAGGAUAUACAUAAGAGUUCAGAAUUAAUUAAAUCAAAUGUGCAAGUAGAUUAUAUGAAUAAUAUGUGCAUAAAUGGUGAAAAUGAUAUUUUUGAGAAUAUAAACAUUUGUGAUAAUAUGAACAUUUGUGAUAAUAUGAACAUUUGUGAUAAUAUAAACAUUUGUGAUAAUAUAAACAUUUGUGAUAAUAUAAACAUUUGUGAUAAUAUAAGCAUUUGUGAUAAUAUAAACAUUUGUGAUAAUAUAAAUUGUUUUGAUAAUAUAAACAUUUCUGGUAAUAUAAACAUUUCUAAUAGUUUAAACACUUCUAUCAAUUUAAACACAUCCAACAAUUUAAACAUUUCUAAUAGCGAAAUAGCUUCCCCAAAUGUAGAUACUUUAAUGUUAUCUGAUAAGUUGAAAGUGUCAACAGAUGAAAUAAAAACAAAUGAUGAAAAAAAAAAUUAUGAACAUGUUCAGGUGCAUAUUAACAAGUCAGGUAAUAAUUUGGAACAUCACUUAAAUUCUGAUGAAAAGGAAAAAAUAAGAAGAUCGUUAAAGAGUGAAUACUUUGAGGAUAAAGAAUUUGAGGAAUUGAUUGAAGAAAAGGAGGAAAGAAAAAAUGAUGCAAUUGUUAAUAAAAUUAAUAGUGUUGAUAAAAUGAAUGGUGUGGAUAAUAUUAACAUUGUGGAUAAUAUUAACAGUGUGGAUAAUAUUAACAUUGUGGAUAAUAUUAACAGUGUGGAUAAUAUUAACAGUGUGGAUAAUAUUAACAGUGUGGAUAAUAUUAACAGUUUGGGUAAUAUUGUUGACGAAUCGAUGAAUAAAUUAAAAGUAAAGGAAAAUACUUUAGAUGAAAAAAAUGAAGAUGAUGCAGUAAUAUAUAUUUAUAUAGACAAAAUAGUUAACUUAUCAAAAAAACACUUUACGAAUUUAUCAUUUUGCGUACGAUUUUAUAAGGAUGAGAAAUAUACAUAUAAAAGCUUUGAUUUGAAGAAAGAAAUGAUAUUUGAUACUUUACUAAGUUCUAAAAAGAAACUGUGUGAUAUGCAAGAGGUUAUUAUAGAGGUAUGGCAUGAAAGAGAAGUAGAUAAGAAAAAAAGAAAAAAGAAAAAAGAAAAAGAAAAAAAAAAAGCUAUGAUUGAAAAUAAUAUGGUUGAGGAAAAAGUUAAAGACUGUGUUGGUAUAUUAAAAAUAAAUGUAAAAGAAAUUAACGAAAAUAAGAAUAUAAUGUAUUUAGAAAAAUAUAAUGAAUUGACAUUUCGUUUUUAUGACGAUAUUAAUUUUAUGUUUCGAGUUUUGUUAAUUAGGGGUUUGAAAGAUAUGUAUUCAAAUAUAUUUUUAUUUUGUAAAAAAUAUAUUGAGAAUUACGAAAUAGAUUCUCGUAAUUUUUUGUUGAAAGAUAAUAAUGAUAUUGAUCCAAACGGAAUAAAUAUUAGGAAAGGAAAUACGAAGAAAAAAAUAAAGAAAAUGAGAAAUAUAAAUAAUGUGAAUAAUAUUAAUCGUAAUGAUAAUAUUAAUAGUUCUAAUGAGUAUGAUGUAAGAUCCAAUUCUUUUUUGUCCAUUAGUGAGCAGUAUUUUAUGUAUGACUCUACGAACAUAUAUAAUAAUGAAUAUUAUAUAUACGAAAUACAAAGGGAGGUAUUAAAAAAGGGCAUACGUAGUAAUGUAAUAAUAAAUGGUGUGUUAAAAAAGAUGAGACAAAAAAUGGAGAUGAAUAAUGUAAAUAAGGAAAUAUCCAAAAGGAAAUUGAACACAAAAAAUGUUGAUAGUGAUCAUUUUUCCGAGUUGUGUAAGUAUGUAAUGAAUGAUAGUUAUGAUGAAUUAGAUCCUAGGGAAAAUAUGGAUACAUUUAAAAUGAAUAUUAUGAAUAAGGAAAAAACUAAGAAUAAAUGCAACAAUAAUAGGAAGAAGAAGAACAACAACAAGAACAAUAAUAAUAAUAAUGAUAAUAAAAGGGAAAAUUAUAAUUAUACUUAUAAUAAUUAUAAUGAGAACAAUUUAAUAUAUGAUGAUAAUAUUUAUUAUAAUAAUAGGAACUAUUUAAAUAUCGAUUUUGUUAAAGAAGAACUUCUAUUAUGCAAUAUGAAUGAAGAGGUUGUGAAUUUAUUAAUAUGUGAUAUAAAAACUAAUUGUAUUAAAGAUAAAUAUAUUUUGAAAAGUUCUUUUGAAGAAUAUAUAGAGAAAAUAUAUACAAAAUGGGAAAAAUUGUCAAAUAAAAUUUUUGUAAAGAAUAAAAAGAAUAUGAAUAUAAAUGAUAUAUGUGAAUAUAUUGAUAGUUUAUAUAUAGAUGAUGAGAAUUAUAUAAAUAAAGAAGAAUUUUUUUUAUUUUUUGAAGAUAUUGGUACAAUAUUUGUUGAUUCUAAUAUAUUUGAUGAGUUAUGCUUAUUGUUUUAUGAUAAAAAAAAAGAAUUAAUACAUUUUUCUUUAUUUGUAUCUUUAAUAAUUAAAAAAGGUGUUGAAGAAUUAAAAAAUAUGAUAUAUGGAUAUGAUAUAUUGUUAAAAUUAUUCGAUUUCUUAUAUAUGGAACAUAUUAGUAUGGAAUAUUUAGAAAAUGAAUUAUUUAAAAUUUCUCUGGAUAAAAAAAAUUUUUAUUCAGAAAAAAUAAAAAAGAAUAUAUCAAGAAAUAUAUUAAUAGAUUCCAAUAUAAAUUAUAAUAAAAAUAACAAACCAAAUAAUAACUUAUAUAUGUUUUUAAAUGAAGAGGAUAAUAUUUGUUCAUGUACCUCUUUACAUUUCUUACAUUCUAUAAGUUUUAUUUUAAAGAAAUUUCACAAUAAUAAUUUUUCAACAUAUGAUUUAUUUUUCUUAGUAAAAUAUAUUAUACAGAAUCAAAAUAACUAUGUAUUAUCGGACACCUAUAUUUUUGUUAAUGUCAUUAAAGGUAUUGAAACCAUAAAUAUAACAUACUUUUUAUCUUUAUAUUAUAUAUAUAUAAAUCAAAGUAAAAACAAUAUACAAUUAAGAGAAAACCAAGAAAAUGACACGUCAGAAAAAAUAUGUGAUGAUAAUUUAAAGAAUGUCAUACACAUACAAAGAAAUGAAACUCUUGAAAAACCUCCUCGUUCUUUAUAUAAUGAUAACAGUUUGUGUAUCUCGUAUUCUGAAAAGAAAAGUGGAUAUAUAUCAUCCUAUGGGUCUGUUUAUAAGGAAAAUAGGAAAUGUAGCAACAGUCUUGGAAAUGUUGAUAGAAAUAAAAAUGUUGUCGAGCUAUAUCAUAAUGAAAAGGGCUGUAUAAAUAAUAUGAUUAAUAAUAAUGUUUCUACUAUUUAUUUGUUGAAACAUAAUGAUGAAGAAAAUAUUCCAUGUGGGAAAAAUAAAGUGACUACCACAAAAAAGGUUACAAAUGAGUUUGUAAAAGAUAAAAGGUUAGGUGAGCAUAAUGAUAAUAAUGAUAAUAAUGAUAAUAAUGAUAAUAAAGAAAAUAAUGAAAAUAAUGAUAAUAAUGAUAAUAAUGAAAAUAAUGAAAAUAAUGAUAAUAAUGAUAAUAAUGAUAAUAAUGAUAAUAAUUUGGAUCCAGACAUAAAGAAUGUAGAUGGGUAUUUAAUAAGGGACAAGGGAGUAUAUGAGGAUCAUCUAAAUGGUGAUCAUAAUAAUGACAAUAAUAAUGAUGAUGAAAAUAAUUAUAAUAAUGAUGAUGAAAAUAAUUAUAAUAAUGAUGAUGAAAAUAAUUAUAAUAAUGAUGAUGAAAAUAAUUAUAAUAAUGAUGAUGAUGAAAAUAAUUAUUAUUAUGAUCAAAAAUGUUAUUAUUUAAAAAAAGAAAAGAAUACUUUAUAUUCAUCAAAUCCAUCGGAUAAAGAAAAAAGUAAAAGUCUUAAUGAAAAUUACAAUAUAAAGAAGAAGGUUAUAUUAUCUAAUAAUCAUAUAAAGAAGGACGAAAAUAUAUUUUAUGCCAAACUAUACAAAAGGAGAGAUAUACAAAGGAGUGUUAAAAAUUCACUUAUUAUUAUUUAUCACAGAAUUGUUAGUGGGUUGAUAACUAUAGAAUAUGUAUGUGAAUGCUUACAUACUUUUUUUAAUAAUAUUUUAAAGAAUAAAAAAGUAAAAAAAAAUAAUAAUAAAGACUAUUUUAUGGAUAAAUUAGAAGUUUUAAAACUAUUAGAUUCAGUAGGAAUAUAUACAUCUUACGAUAUAUCUUUGUGUAUAUUAAAGUGGUAUAUAUAUCAAAUAUAUAAAUAUGAAGAAAAAAAAAAAAGAAAAAAAAAAAAAAUUGAGUUACAUAAAUCGGAUAUAAAUAGUUUUGAAGAUUUUAUAUUAAAUAAUAUUAUUUUAGAUGAAACUAUUAUAGAGAAUUAUAAUUUAAAUGAUCAUUUAAAAAUUAUGAAAUGGUUAUUUGAAAAAUAUUUAUUAAGUGAAUAUAUUAGUGGGAAUAUAUUUUCUGGUAGUACCUUAGAAUAUUUUUUUCUAUUAUUAAAAGAAAGGAAUAUAAAUAUUACAAUAUUUUCAGAAAAGAAUAUAUUUACAUUUAAUGAUUUUUUUAAAGAAAUUGAAGAACUGAAUUUAGAGUUCCCGAAAUAUUAUAUAAGACUUCUGUUUAGUAAUUUGCUAGCAUAUGAUUUAACAUCCUUUAAUAGUUUAAAUAAUAAAUUAAUUUUUUAUGAUAAUAUUGAAUCAUAUUGGAUAAGAUGGAAUAAACUAAACUUUGAACAUUUCAUUUUUGAAAAAACUAAUAUAGAAGAUCCUAAAAUGUGCAAUAUUAAAGAUGUUCAAUGUAAUAGUUUAAAUAAUACAUAUAAUAACUCUAUUAAUCAUACCAUUCCUAGAAAUAAUAUGGGUCAUUUAUUUAACCAUGUACAACAAAAAAGAAAAGAACUAACUAAAGAUAAAGAAAAGGAAAUGAUUUCUAUAAAUAUAAAUUGUAAUUCUUAUAAUGAUAUAAAUACAUGUGUGCAAGAAGAAGAUAAUUUUUCUGUAUUUAAUAAAAGAUUUAUUGAUGUUGGAAAUAACCAAGGGAAAUAUUAUUAUUCUUAUUUUUAUGCUUUACCAUUAUAUAGUUUAUUCUUUUAUUUUUCAAAACAAAAAAUAUUGAGUGGAGAUAAGUUGUUAAGAUAUUUUUUUAUAAGUAUUUUUAAAUAUGAAUUAAAUAGAAUAAAUAUUAAUAAUUAUUUGAAUAAUUAUUAUACACUUUAUGAUUUUGUAGAUAUAUGUAAAGAUAUCAUUUUGUAUAAUGAUAAUACGGAUGAUAUAUUGUACCGAGAGGACUUUUUUAAAUUACUUAUAUUAAUAAAUAAAAAAUAUAAAAAAAAAACAGGUGAGUAUGUUAUAUCAAAAGAAAAUUCACUUGAAAUAUUUUUAAAGAGAAAAAGUCAUUAUUUUUCUCACAUGUUUAAGAAGAAUUGGGGAUGUAUAAAAAGGGAUAUAGUAAGUUUGGAGCUUAAUCUUAUGUAUCACGAUAAUAAUAAUGAUGCAAGUAAUAAGAAUGAUGCAGGUAAUAAUAAUGAUGCAAGUAAUAAUAAUGAAGCAAGUAAUAAUAAUGAUGCAAGUAAUAAUAAUUAUUAUAAUAAUUAUCAUAAUAAUUAUUAUUUUAAUAAUAAUUGUAAUAACUAUUUGUUCAAUUUACACCAAUGUAAGCCUUUGAAUAAUUAUAACGAAAAAGAUGUACAUCAAUAUUCAAAUCAGCGUCUUUAUGAGAACUCAAGAAAUGUAGACUUUAUUAAUAGUAAUAUAGUAGGGAACUCUAUAGAACACAGAAAAAUUCUUUUGGAUAAAAAAGGAGAUAUAGAAAAUGAAGAUGAAGUUAUUAUAAAUUUUUUUAAAAGAAAUAAAAAAGUUAUAAAAUAUAUUCGAGAAUAUUUUUAUAUAUUUGUAUUUUUUCAAAAGAUUAUACAUAAUAAAGAAAAUUGUUAUGAUUUGUGUUUUUAUGAAAAAGAAAUUGUAUUUUACCAAAAGAAGUUGAAAGAAUAUUAUUUAAAACGUAAUAAUAAUAUAAAUAAUUAUAAUAGAUGUAUAAAAAACAAAAUAAAUAAUUAUAAAUUCUAUUAUAAAUGUGGAUAUGCUAUACCUUCCAUAAAAAAAAUGAAAAAAGGAACUACUAAUGAUGGUAAUGAUUGUUCCUCUUUUAUGUUUUUAUAUAAUGAAGUAAAUAUUUGUAAUGAAGAGAAAAGAUUUGGAUGUAAAGAAUAUGCAUAUAUGGUAUAUCCAUAUUUAUUACUUUUAAGCGAUUUUAUAAAAAGAAUGAUACAUAUAUAUAAAGAAAAUUAUGUUGAUGUUAUAAAAAAAUUAUUUGUUAUGGAAAAAAAUAAACCAUUUGUAGAUGAGAAUAUUAUGGAGAAAGAAAAAGACAAAGAGAAAGAGAAAGAAAAAGACAUAAGGAAAAAAAAAGAUGUAAAAAAAAAAAAAAAAAUUGAACAUUCAACCUUUUUAUAUAAAUUAGAAAAUAUCAUGUCAAGAUCUGGUAGUUUCGAUUAUAAGGAAUGGAAUAAAUUAUACUUGUUGUGUGAAUAUUUAGAUAUAAGAAUUGAUACUUUGAUCAUACAAUUAAUUAAUAUAUUAGAAAAGCAUAAUUAUAUUAAAGUAUGUAAUGUAAUGAAUGGAUGUAUCUUAUUUAAUGAUUACGAUAAUUAUUAUGAUAAGAAUAGAUAUAAUAAUAAUUAUAUAGAAAGACAUAUAUUAUUUAACCUUAUAUACAAUAAAAACAGAUGUGAUCAUAAUAUAGAAGAAAAAAGUAAUAUUAUAAUGAAUAAGAUAAUGGGUAAUACGUAUAAUAUAGUAGAACAUAAAAAGAGAACACAUCGAAUGUUUUCUUCCUAUGAGAAAGAAGAAAAGGAUAUAUUUAUAAAACAUAUGAAAUAUUUAAUAAGUUUCAAUAAGUUAAUAUUAAAUGAUUUAUAUAUAUAUAAGAAGAUGAGAAAAACAAAAAAUGAAAAGAUAUGUCAUAAUAUGAAUAUAAACAAUUUAGAUGUAUAUAUGUAUAAAUAUAUAAUACAUGAUAGAUUAUAUAUAAAUUAUUUAUCUUAUUUAUAUAUCAGAAUAUUAUUUAAUGAAUGUUUAUUAACAGGAAUAAAUAUUAAUACAAUAUUUUAUGACAUAAAAAAUAAAAAUACAUUUAUAAAUAUAUUAUUAAGAUAUUUUAGUCAUAUAUUUUGUGAGUAUGAUAUAAAUAUUCUUUCAAAGAAAUAUUCCUGUCUAAUUAAUAUGACAUCAAUUAAUUUAAGUGAAUAUCAUAAUAUGUUAUCUUUAAAAACAUUUCUUAAUGACAUAUAUGAACAGGGAUUAUAUUAUAAUACUUAUUUAAGGAAAAUAUUAUUUUCUUUCUUUUUUAAAAAUUCAAAUAUAUUUUCUAUGUAUAUGAAACAUGGACACGAGAAAAACGAUGAAGAUAAUUUAUUAUUAUCAUGUGAGAAAUUAAAACAAAUUUUAAGUAGUAGUGGAAUAUUUUUGUCCUGGGCAGAAAUAUAUGAUUUUUUUCAACCGCUUAAUAAGUAUUGUGUAAUAUAUCAUAAUAAGUCUUAUGAUAUAAGACAUGGGGAAAAUCAAACUCCCUAUAUAUUAAAAGCAUAUAUCAACAUAUGUAAUUUGGUAGGUAUUUCAAGGAGGAUGAUAAGAGGAAGGCUGGGCGAUAUUAAAAAUGUUGAAAAUAUUACAAGUGUUGAUACUAGUAUAAAUAUAGAGAACUAUAAUAGAAAUGAGUUAUCUGGGGAAAUAUAUGAUGAAGAUGAAAAUAAAACUAUAGGUCAUAAUAAUUACAUGAAUAAAAAUAUUUCAGAUCAUAUAUAUAAUAAGAAGCUGUUACAGCAAGGUAGUAUGGGAGAAAGGCUAUCAAAUGUAAAUCUUAGUUAUAUUAUGGAUGUCGACAGAAAAGAAAAAAAGAGAGUUUCAUCAUCUCCACAUAAUAAUAGCAAAAUGUGUGUUUUAAAAAGAGAUGGUUCAGUUGAAAUGACGAACGAAAUAGAGAAGGAAGAUGAUAAAUAUUUGGGGAAUAGGAAAUAUAUAAAUGGACACAUAUUAUGUCAUAAAAUUGAUGAAGAGGUGAAAGAUGAAUAUACAAAAAAUCAAGAUAAAUAUAAUAAUAAUAUGAAUAAUAUCACCUUAUUUAAAUUAAAAGAAUGUGAUAAGAAAAAAGGAGAAAUAAAAAAUAUGUGCCUAAAUAAAAAAGAUAAAAAAAAGAUAGGGUGUUAUCUAGAAUGCAAAAAUCAAAAUGAUGAAAAGGAUAAUAAAUUGCUACAUAAUAAAAAUAUUACAACAAUAAAUAAUUAUAUGAGUCCAUGUAUUUAUUCUAAUAUGAAAUAUAACAUUUUAGAAACGUCCAAUAAUAAUAUAUUUUACAAUUUGAGUUUCACAAAAUUAACGUUAGGAAGACUGCUAUAUCUAUUAUUUUUAAAAAUGAAUAAUUUAAUGAUAAAAAAAAAAUUACAUUUUGAACAAAUAUAUUUCGGUAUGAAGAAUAUAAAUUAUGAAGAUAUAAAAAAAAAAGAAAUGGAAAGAGCAUGUACUUUAUUUCUAAAUAUGAAAAAUGAUGAAUUGAAUAAUAUUAUACCUGAUAAUUUUAUAUUAUAUAAAAAUGAUGUAAGAAAUGGUAUCUUUUUUAAUAUAUUACUUUUGAAAGAUACAUAUGAAGAAAUAUUCUUACAAGAACAAGAGGAAGAUGCAAAGGUCUCUAUAUACAAUUUUAUAUCUUAUUAUGAAAAAAAAAAAAAUGAUACAAUAUUUUCGAAUUAUUCAUUUGUCUAUAAUUUUAGUUUUGAAUGGAUAAAUUGUAUGAAACUAAGCAAUGAAUAUAUAAGUAAGGAGGAUUGUGCGAAAUUAAUUUGUUCUUUUAAUAUGGAUAAUAAAACAAGGGACGAAAAUAAAAGAGUUAACCAUGUAAUAAUAAAUGAUGAUAAGAUAAGAACAGAUGAUGUACUAUUAUGUGAUGAUAAGAUAAAAGAUAAUAACACGAAUGAGUUAUUUAACAAUGUAAAUAUUAUAAAUGAAAAAAAGAACUUAUUACCUCAUACAUUAUCAAAACAAGAAAUGAUGAAAAUAUUUGAAAAAAAUAUUAAAGGGAAAUGGAAAAAAAUCUUAUUGUCUAUUUUUGAUGAGAAGAAUUUUUAUGUUCAUAAUUUACGCAUAUUUUUUAAAGAAUUUACUGGUAUAAAUACAUAUUUAAGAAAGAUUAAAGAAAGGAAAUAUAAAAAUAAUUUUAAGGAUAAUAAAAAAGAACCUAAUUCAAAAAUAGACCAUUCCAAAGUAGACCAUUCCAAAGUAGACCAUUCCAAAGUAGACCAUUCCAAAGUAGAACAUUCCAAAGUAGACCAUUCCAAAGUAGAACAUUCCAAAGUAGAGCAUAGUAAAUUUUCUUUAAAUUAUUAUUGUUGUCUUGGUACUGAAGAAAUAUUUUUACAGAACAUAUUUAUUGAUAACAAUCAAAAUAAUAAUAUAUCUUGUUUUGAUGAUAAGAUAAUAUCUUGUGCUGAUAAAGAGAGUAAAAGAAAUAUAUAUAAAGAAGAUAUUUUAUAUAUAAAUCAUCUAUUUGAUCAUAAGUUUUCUACCAUAAAAGAAAAAGAUAUUAUAACUUUAUUUAAAAAUAAUAAGGAUAUAAUAAAAAUAAAAUUAUAUUAUAAUGAAAAUGUUAUAGCAGAAGCAAAUUUACAUAUCCUAGAGUUUUUUUCUAUAUUAAAAAACAAGGACAAGAUAAAAGAUCAUAAAACCUUAUGUUUUGUUAUUUCUUCUGAGGAUACACAAAAAGAUAUUUUAUUUUUAGAUAUUGAUAUUUAUUAUGAAAGAAAAAAAAUGUAUGCUGAUAUGCCUAUUUUCCAAACUACUAAUAGAAAAAUACAAGAACACAAAUUUCAUUUGGAAAAUGUGACUGAACAUAUAGAGCAAAUAAAUGAUAAGGAUCAGCCAAAUGUAAGUAUUGAAAACGAUAGAAAUAAAGAUAGCAUACAAAAGAAUAGGGACACUGAAUAUUGUGUCGAUACUCAUAAUAAAUUAAAUGAUGUGGAUGAUAUUGUGAAGGUUACUAAUGUAGAAACAGAUGUAAAUACAAAUGAAAUGAACAUUACACCAACUUUAAAAGACCAACAAAAGAAUUAUAAUAAGGAUGAUGUUCUAUGUAAUAGUGCUGAAUAUACUUUAUUCAGAAAAAAAAAAAUCGGAAAUAAUUAUUAUUUAGAAUAUAAUAAAAAUGAGGAAUUACAUCCUAAGAAAGAAAGUAUAAAAAAAGAAGAAGAUAUACAAAAUGUUACACUUUUAAAAACUAAAUCAUUUGUUAGUUUUGCGCACUUAACUAUAGAUCAUAUAAUUAUUCCCAUAUGUUUAAUAAAUAAAAUUAGUAAAAAAGUUAUAGAAGGGCAUGAAGGGAUGAAAUUAGAUGAAGACAUAUUUGUUGCGGUUUAUAUUGAAGUGUAUGAAAAGGUGAGUACAUGUGAAGAAACAAAAAAUGAACAACAUGUACAAGAAGAUGAAAGAGGUAGGUACAGAUUAUUAUCUUGUUCUGUUCCGAAAAUAGUAAAUUGUAAGAAAAAUGAAAAUAUGAAUCUUACGAGUGAAAUAUGUGUGGAUCCCAGCAUGGGUUUUCCUCAUAUCAAUCGAUACGAUGAUAAAGAUAAUGAGGUUGAUGAUAAUAAUUUUGAUCCUAAUAAAUGUCAUAAUAUAUGUCAUAAUAUAUGUCAUAAUAUAUGUCGUAAUAUAUGUCAUAAUAUAUGCCAUAAUAAAUGCCAUAAUAAAUGCCAUAAUAAAUGCCAUAAUAAAUGCCAUAAUAUAUAUCAUAAUGAUCAUCAUGUUGAGGAUCACAAAUUUAAUAAACCCCAAGAGUGUGCAAGAAAAAAUAUCAAGCUUAAUAAAACAAUGGUCAACCUGAAAAAGAAAGAAAAACAUAUUAAAACAUUUGAGAAACAUUUAAAUAUACAUAAUAUAAAAGUAAAACAUCAUGAAAUUAUUAAAAGUAAGAACUUAUUUAUAGAAGGAAAAAUAAUUAUAAGGGCCAUUAUAUCUUUAAAUUAUAUUUCAGAAGAUAUAGUUAUUGGGGAACAUUGUUUUAAAAUAAAAAAUAUGUUAUAUAAAAAUAAACGUAUGACAUAUUAUUCAGAGAAUUUAUUUCAUUCUAUAAAUAAUAAAACGGAAACAUUAUCAAAUGGAGAAAAAAUAAAUGACAAAAAUGAUGUGUGUGAUAAGGAAAAUAAAACAAAUGAUGACAAAAAUGAUGUGUGUGAUAAGGAAAAUAAAACAAAUGGUGAUAAGAACCUAAUGUAUGAUUAUCUUAUAAAAUGCGAAAAUAAUAAUAAAACAAGUUCGAGCAUCCCAGUGGAUAAUAAUAACAAAACUGUUUCUUCUGAAAAUAAUAUAAAGAAUAAUAUAGAGAAUAACAUUUUUGUGAAAAAUAUUGUGGAAAAAAAUAUUAUUGGAUAUAUAUCUUAUCAAUAUGAAAUAAAAGAAUAUAAAAAUAAAGAUUAUGAAAAGGUUAAUAAAUGUACACUUCCAAAUUUUAUUCCUAUAUAUUUUAUAAAUAGUGAUGGUCAUGAUGAUGAUGGUGAUGGUGAUGGUCGUGAUGGUGAUGGUCAUGAUGGUGAUGGUCAUGAUGAUAAUGGUGAUGAUAAUAGUAGAGAGAUAAUAAAAGAAAGAGAUGAUGAUUUAUUAUAUAAUACUUUAUAUGAAAAAUUAUUUAGUGAUAUAUUAAGAAAAUUAAAUUAUAGAAAAUAUGUUAAUGUAGACAUGUUUAUAUAUUCUUUAAAAGGGACUUCAUAUAAAAAGCAUAUAAAUUAUUUUAAAAGAUUUUUCUUUUAUUUUAUAAAAUUGAACAAGAAAUUAUUUUUCCCCUUAAAAAGUGUAUUAAAAGUAUUGGCCUUACGAAAAUUAUCGUUUCACUUUUUAAGUUGGAUAAAUUAUUUUUUUCAUGAAAUACAAAAAUAUUUUUCAUGUUUUAAUUUUCUUGGUAUAUUUGAAUGGCCCUACUUAUUAAAAUGUGUUUUAAAAUCUCAGGAUGAGUACAUAAAGGACGAAAAAAAAAGAAAAAAAAAAUUAGAAAAUAACAAGGUGGGUAGUAAAUAUAGGGACAGCAUUGGUGAUAAUAAUGAUGAUGACAACAAUAAUAAUAAUAAUAAUGAUGAUGAUGACAACAACAAUAAUAAUGAUGAUAACAACAACAACAAUAAUAAUGAUGACAAGAACAAUAAUAAUAAUGAUGACAACAACAACAACAAUAAUAAUAAUGAUGAUAAUAACAACAAUAAUAAUAAUAAUAAAAUAAAAGAGGAAAAAGCAAAUUCUUUCGAAUCGAACACAUCUAGUCAUCUAAACUUUACAAAUUGUAGUAAUGUAUCCGUAAGAUAUUCAAGCAUUAAAAAUUAUAAGAAUGAAAAAAAUAAUGUAGAGAAAAAAACAAAAAAGAGAACAAAAAAUAUCCAAGGGAAAAUGUUAAAUGAAAAAGAUUGGUGGCUGUUAAAUAAUUGGAAUUAUUGGCAUUUAAAUUGUGAUAAAAAAAAUUAUUUCUUCUUAUAUUUAUUUAUAAAUGAUAUACUUAUUUUUUAUGAAGAAGAAAAAAACUUUUUUAAAAAUAGGAAGAAAUAUAAAAGGAUAGAUGAUGAUGGUGUUUAUAAUAAUAAUAUAUGUUCAUUUACUCAUGUUGAUAAUAAUAACGAAGAAAAUGAUCAAGAUAAACAAAAGUUUGUAUUCUUAGAUAAUAAGAAGGAAAAUUACAAAAGUGGAGGUAAUGACUUACCAAGAAAAGAAAAAUAUAACUUAUUAAAUUUAAAAAAUACAAAAAAAAGUACACAUGUAAAUAAUAUAAAGAGUGAAGAAAUAACAUAUUCUAUCUUUUCUAAUACAGGAAAAAAGAAGAAUGAGCACUCAUCAAAUGAAAAAACAAAAAGAAAAGAAGUAAUGAAUAAUGGUAAUAGGAGUAAUAAUAAUAAUAAGACAUCUAUUUAUCAAUAUAAUAUAUUGAAAGAUACAGAAAAUAAAAAGAUUCCAUACGAUCAUAUAACAUCAAAUAAUAAUUCACCAUAUGAUUUUGUAGAAAAACAAAAAAAAAAAACAUUUUUCAAUUUAGGUUUUCAUGAUAAUUUAAAAAAUAAAAUUAACAAUCUUUUUAAAAAUUAUAAAAAAGAUUAUUUACACACAUAUAAUAAAUAUUACAUUUUUGUAAAAGUCAAAAAGUUACUUUAUCCCUUACCUUUUAUAAAUAAUAAAAAGCCCAAUAUAUUUUUAACAUACCAAAUUGUAUUGAAUAAUUAUGAUUUCAUUAAUAAACAUGAUAUAUUUCCUUUCUCCUUAAAAAAAAAAAAAAAUUAUAUUAUUAACAAAGUUCAAGCACAAACAAAAAUUUAUUAUAAUGAUUGUUAUCCAUAUAUUAACAAUUCAGAAAUAUUAAAAUUACCGGAUAUAAAAGAAUUAAAUAAUAGUUUUAAUAAACAUUUUGUACAAACUCAAGAUGGACACUUGGAUUUUUAUUUACAAAACUUAUCAUUACAAAUAAAUUUUUAUCAUGUCAUGAGUAAUAAAUAUAUAACAUCUCAUCUUAAUAUUUAUCAAGAAAAUGAAGGAAUCACAUCAAGUGAUAAUAUAUAUGAUAAUACAUCAGAAUUUUCAACGAAUAUUAAUUUAUAUAAUAUGGAAUCUAAAAAUAAUAAACAUAAGGAAAAAAAAAAUAUAUUAAUAGCUAAAGCAUUCAUUCCUUUUAAUUUACUCUUAAAGAAAAACAAAACAAAGGUUAGCGUGCCAUUAUUUUUCUCUCCAUUUUUUACAAAAGGUGUUAAUAAAAAUGAAGUUGAAGUGAUACUAAAAUAUGAUACAAAUAUAAGAGAUUAUUUAAAAUAUGAAUAUAUGAAGGAUACACAUGAGAAGUAUAAGCAUAGGGGGGGAAAAAAACAUAACGGGGAGGAUACCGAAAGGUGUAACCAUAUAAAUGAUAUAAAUAUGAAUAAUAAUAUGAAUAAUAAUAUGAAUAAUAAUAUGAAUAAUAAUAUAAAUAAUAAUAUACAUAAUAAUAAUAAUUAUAAUCAUUGUAAUCAUCAAAAUAAUUACAGUGACCUGUAUUAUAAAAAAACCAAAAACAAUAAUAUACAUAUGAAUCAGCUUAAUAUAUCAAAUGAUACAAAUACUAGUUUACGUGUUAUAGAGGAAAAAAAUAAAAACGAAUUUAUCGAUUUGUCAAAUAUACCUUUAUUAACAUUACCUAAAAUUCCUCCACCCAUAUCUUAA